GGGGAGGGGGGGAAAGGGUGUCAUCAUCCAUUUAAUGAAGAAGGGGAUUCACUGUCCGUCCAGCCGGUGCCGCGGUUCUGGUCCGGACACAAAGACGCGCAAUCGGCAUUUCUGAGGCCCGCGCUCCCCGCACUCGCUGUCCGGAGGCCGCACCGCGCAUGCUCCGUUCAGACAAGUGCGCUGCGGCCACCAGGCCCCGCUCUGCUGUCGUUGCGCCCCGUCAGCAGAAAAUAGGCCAUAUUCCAGCCCGCGAAGCAUUCUGGUCCUGCCAUCCCAGGAAUCAAACAGGUAAACCUUUGUUGUACCUGGUCCAUGGCAAGAACAUCUUAAGAUAAGGAAAGCAAAACUCCAGAUGGGAUCUCAGCUUUUCUGAUCCCUAUACAGCUGCGGCAACACAUCCAUGCUCCUAGCUCCUGGACCUCACCCGCCAACAUAAUGUUGGCAAGUAUGGAUUAAUUGCUCAGGAACCAACAGGAGGAGAGCUCAGGGACGAACAGCAAAGAGAGCACUGUGCUGGAGCAGUCAACUACAUGAUGUUAAAAAGUGAGAACUUUCAGAUGGAAAACUCAACCCAAUCAUCAAGUCAAGACCUGAACAAGUCAUUUGAUUCAUCCAGCCCCAAAUCUCUUCAGCGUUUGAAAAUGGAAGCGAAAAGCUCCAUUCUGAUGGACAAGAAAACGUAUAUAUGUUCUGUGUGUGGGAGGGGGUUCACCCGUUCGUACACCCUGCUGAGGCACCAGCGAAUUCACACCGGAGAGAAGCCAUACACGUGCUCCAUGUGUGGGAAAGGAUUUACCCAGUCAACCCACCUCAUCGCACACCAACUUGUCCACACUGAUCAGAAACCUAUUAAAUGUUCUGAUUGCAAGAAGAGUUUCAAAAGCAGGGCUCAUCUGCUGAAACACCAGCAUGUGCACAGUGAGGAGAGACCCUUCGCCUGUUCUGCUUGUGGGAAGGGAUUCACUUCUGCUUCCAAUCUCACUGCGCACCAGCUAGUUCACACUGAUCAGAGGCCUUUUAAAUGUUCGGACUGUAAGAAGAGCUUUAAAAAAAGAAGUCACCUGCUGAAGCACCAAAAAACUCACACUGGAGAGAGGCCAUUCACAUGCACCGUGUGUGGGAAAGGAUUCACCCAAUCAUCCAACCUUACGGCACACCAACUAGUUCACACUGAUGAGAAACCUUUUACGUGUUUUGAAUGCGUGAGGGGCUUUAAGAGUAAACAGGAACUACUGAAACACCAGCGAACUCACAAUGGAGAGAGGCGGUUCACCUGCUCUCAGUGUGGGAAAGGAUUCACUGUGUCAGCCGAUCUGCUGAGACACCAGCGGGUUCACACUGGAGAGAAACCCUUCAACUGCACGCACUGUGGGAAAAAGUUCCGAUGUUCAACCAACCUCAUCAGACACCAGCGGGUUCACACAGGCGAGAGACCGUUCACCUGCUCCGAGUGUGGGAAGAGAUUCACUCUGUCGUCAUACCUGCUGAGACACCAACUCACUCACACUGGGGAGAGGCCAUUCACCUGCUCCGUAUGCGGGAAGGGAUUCACUCAGUCAUCCAGCCUGCUGCGACACCAGCAAGUUCACAAGUAACU